CGAACACUUAUAAACGCUUCAUAGCAGAGGCCGAUGUUAGAAGGGCUUGCAACUGUGAGAGGCUCUGUCUGCUGGAACUUGUGGCUCAAUUUCACGACAACACAUUCUACCUCAAAUUCUUUGUGUUUAUUGGAAAAAAGUUAUUCUUGUUGGAUAUCCCCAAAACGGAGUACUAAAUUACUGAAAUCUCCACUGCUAUCUCACAAUUUCAAGGCAUGGAGCACCUUUCCUUGGUAUGCUGUGAGACGGAGAUUGGAGGCAAAUCUAAACGGGCCAUAUUAGACCCAGUCUUAUUGAACGACAAAAGAGUGCUGAACAAUUUACUUGCUACAGAGGAUAAAUAUCUUCCACAUACUCGUUACUUUAAUUGUGUUCAAACAGAUAUUCAACCGUACAUGAGGAAAAUGGUGACAGAAUGGAUGGCGGAGGUAUGUUCAGAACAAAAGAUGGAGGAGGAGGUUUUUCCUUUGAGUGUGAACUAUCUGGACAGAUUUUUGUGCAUUCGGGAUAUGAAAAGGACAAAAUUACAGCUUUUAGGAGCUGCUUGUAUGUUUUUAGCUUCCAAAUUAAAAGAGAGCACACCAAUCACGGGAGAACAGCUUGUGAUGUACACAGACCAUUCAAUUACGUUGGAGGAUUUAACGGAAAUGGAGUCCCUGAUCCUACACCUCUUGAAGUGGGACUUGUCAGCCAUCGUGCCCAAUGAUUUCUUGGACCACGUGCUGCACAGGAUGCCGCUGUCUCGGUUCGAGGCGCCCAUCAUAAAGAGGCACGCGCAGACGUUCGCCGCCCUGUGCGCCACAGACUGUAAAUUUAUGCAGACCCCGCCCUCCAUGAUUGCCUCUUGUGCUAUUGGCUCUUCAAUCAAAACAUUAAAAGGAGAAAGUGCUGAAGACAUCUUCCAUCUUCACGUCAUCACUGGUAUUGAUAUGGAUCUGAUCCGAGCCUGUAUGGAGCAGGUGGAGCAGACUGUGAAGAGCUGCAUGGCCACCUACGUUCAGCCCAGCCCGCACACACCCACGAAGCAGGACCCCCAGAAGCAGGAGCAGCCCACCACUCCCACAGACGUGCGCGAGAUCAACAUCAUGGCGGUGGACAACAGCCAGGUACACCACGCCGUCCCCGUCACCAUGUACUGAUCUGUUUCACCACGACCCCCGACCUCUAAGAUGCAAAAGUAACGGUCUGAGGAGCUUGGUUCUGCCAGCCAACCCCCCUCUCCAUAGACCUUAAAGGACAAGGCCUAGUGUCCUAGCAUCUGUGCUGGACUGCCACUGUGUCUACGCCAGUCCCUGCCAUGCUGUCAUCAGUGAAAACAGCAUCAGCAAACGAAGUUCCUGCUCUCUUGUGAAGAAGAAGAAGUAAAGACUGAAGUCGAAUCUAGUGACUUUAGUUAGGGAUUUGCUGCCGUGAACGACACUGUUGUAACGAGGGGAUGUCGGCUUCCUCCCAGACCUCUCUCCACACCCGAUGGAGCUGCCUACAGGCCCUGGUAUCAUCUGAGAACACUCAGGUACACAGUUCACCGCCAUUAUCUUCAUGCAGUGCCGUGUUUUUGCUACCGGGGCGGUGUGUUUUUAAUUUGGGGUUUAAGUGUACUCGAGGAGAAUGUCAGUCUUUUAGAAAGUUUACCUUUUGGGUACUUUUGAGUUAUCGCGUGCCUAAGAAAAAUUUACUUGAGGAGAAAAUAUAUGUCGUUCUGCGACAAAGUUUGGGAUGUAAUUUUGUGCCUUAUUGAAUUAUUCCUAGCAUGGUGAGUCAAAGUUGUAUUUAUGUAAUCAAAUUUUGCCACAACUGCAUAUAUAUGACAGUCAAGGACCAGUCUCUUACUGACUCUUUGACUUCCCACUAACAUAUGGAAGUGUAUUGUGAAUAAGCAAUUGCAGGAGGAAGUAAAAUGAAGGUUACAAAAUGGUUCAAAGUGACUGAAAAUAGUCUUUCGCAUUAUGUUGUCAAUGGUUAGUAAAGUGUGAUGCUAGUUUAAUGUUAUUCGAACUAUGUAUUCUGAGUAAGACCUGUCUCAUGUUGCCUCUGGUGGCUGUUACGAUCAGAGGAAAACAAGUUGUGGGGGGUGGAAGGAGGAGACUGAAAAGCUGUUAAAAGCACACAGUGAGAAAGUAAAACAAAAAAAAAAA